AGCUUCAGAACUACAUUAAGUCGACACACGAAACAGUUGUGAGGUUUUUACCCAAAGCUGUUGAGGCUGAACCAUGGGGAAGAUACUGAUCGUUUGUCUGGUUCUGCUGGCCAAGGUGAAUGGGCUAGCUGCCCUGUCCUGUCAAACAUGUGAGGAGGUUGUAUGUGAGGAACCGCCAAAGUGCAAGGCUAACGCAAACUACGUCAAAGACGUGUGUGGAUGCUGUGACGUUUGUGCCAAGGUGAAGGGCGAGGAUUGUGGGGGUGAGUGGAACAUCCAUGGCAUAUGUGCAGAUGGGCUGAUAUGUCAAUAUCCUGAACCACCCUCUACUACAGACGAUGGCCUGUUCAUUGCACCGUUGGAUCCGUUUGCGCCCGGAACAUGUGUGAAAGACAAGAAAGCAAGGAGGAAGAGGAGGGGCAUGUCAUUUGCUGGGAAAUAAUUCUCAACAACUCCCAGAGGCUCUGAAGUGCCUACAAAGGCAAGAAUCUUGAACGUAGUUUAGUUUUCUGUGCACCAACUUUUUUCAUACUAGAAGUGGAAAGAGGCUGUGACACAAGGUAUAUUUUAAGCAUCAUUCCAG